UAUAAAAUUAUCAACCUGCAUUUAUGUCAUUAAGGCUUACAUUUAUUCUACAAUAUGAAUUCAUCACUAUCGUAAUUCUAAUAUUGAUUUGUGUUUGGAAUGCUUCAUUAGAAAAUUCAUUUUGUCUCGCAAAAAGAAAAGUACCCAUUACAGUUAACUCUGAUAUCAGGAACUUUCGAUUAAGGACGAUCGAAGUCAAAAAAUCCGUCAGUUGUUUUUCAAUUGCCUUGGAAUGUGAAUCUUUUCCUCGUUGUAGCCAAUAGGAGUACAGGUUGCUUCGGGGCUGGUUCAUGUUGGUGUCCUAAUAUCGCUUACAAAGAUCCAUCAGCAUAGUGUGAUGCAAGUAGAAAAAGGUGCUUGAUUCGACAAUAACCAUAAUGCGCUCUCGUUUGGAUCGUUUAUGUCAAUUUAGUAUUGCAAAUAAACAACUGAAGGAUAUAAAGAGGUUAUCUAAGAACAAUUGGCAGAAACAAAGAAUGUUUGCCUAUCAACUAAUGGCUCACGGUAUUGGUACCUAAAAUGCCGAGGUUGGUGCGAGUACGUAUAGCUUUCUCUGCAAUCUAACAGCGAAAAUUGACAUUGGUCGAAGUUUUACUAUAAAAUAAAAAAAGUACGGUACAGCUGACGCGCCGUGACUAUGGCGCAGAAAGAAAUAAGUUUUGCGUCGGGCGAUUCGGAAUUUACUAUUGUAGAAGAAGAAAGAGUUGAAACCGAAAUCGAAAUAUCAAUUAGCAGCAUUGAGAACAUUGGUAGAGAUAGUAGCUUGCGAAUAAAAUUCAAAAUCGAGCAUCAAGACGUCGUUUUAGGAGAGAGUCAAAUAAUAAACAUUGACAUCAGCAACGAAAGUGAAAGUAUAGAGCAAGCCUCUAUCAUUGAUUUUACCGUUGGAUUGCCUUACUGUGCACAUGAUUUGAGUUCUAUUCGACCGCUUGUGUCAACGCCUGUUUUAAUCACAGUGUUUGAGGUUAUAGAAAAUACUGUUAUACCUAUAAAGAAGAAUACCAGAAGAAAAAGUAAAACUGUGAUAGAAGCGAACCCGCAACAAUCUCCAAGCAGCGAGCUAAGAAUUCUUGGUUUGUGCAACGUCGAUCUCGUACCACUUGUUCUAGGCGAAAUAAGUUUCAAGGAAACAUUAGUUCUGGAAACUCCGUUAUACUCGUGGGAUAACAACGGCGUUGCUUGGGAAAACUUACCACGCAUAUCGAUUGUCACGAGCCAAGACGAGUCUGAUAUGAUGAUGAAAGGCGUAGAGUUCAAUAUUAUGAACAUCACUGUUGAGAGUAUUUAUAAUUUACCUUCGUGUUUCACCGAUUACAUGGAUUACAAAUGUGGCACUGUUGCGUUUUCAAAUAAGAUUCAGGAUUCGUGUAUCGUAUUCGAAGGUGGAAAGUGGACGGAUUAUCAUGACGUGGAAAGAACAAAAACUUGGAAAUCUCUAUCCAAACUUGACAGUCGCGCGAAGUUUUCUAAAUAUAAAGUCGAUUGCGAUUACGAUUGCGUGAAAAACGACUUCAAAAAACAAUUUAAUCUACAAGUAAAAUGUUAUGGAAAUUGGCGACGAAUAGUAUACAAAUGCUGGCCAUUCGAGAUCAUGAUAACUGAAAAAGGCAGCGAUCAGUUGGCAGAUGGUAUAAUUUAUCAAUUUUACGUUGAUGCAAGUCAACUUCUCUUCCCUGGAAGAAAAAUAACUCGAGUAUUGGCUCAGCUUUUCACGCAAAGUUUAUUUGAUAUGGAAGAGAAAACUGGAUUGAAAAAUGGCAUCUUUAAUGACGAAUUUACAGAUGAGUCGAAAAAUCGAAGGGACAAAUCAGAGUGCACAAAGAAAGAAGAGUGUAUACCACUUUUCACAGACAAUGGGGAGCCUGUACUGAUUUUGAUCGAAUUGGAGCUUUUUAAUCCACUUUACGCCGCGCGUACUUUAGAAGAAUACACUAAAGCGAUUGAAGCUUUGAAAAAAACAAUAAGACCGAAAGCUCCGUUUUAUUAUUAUACACCGGACAUCGCGCACGAUCAGUAUAUGAAUUGUGUUAAGCAUUUAGUCGACGUCAUCGCUGAAAAUUAUCGAGACGAGCUGAGUCACUUUAAACAAUUCCUUCACGAAAAGGGGAAAUAUGUAUCGAUACGUAGCAGUCUGAAAAAUAAAAUCGUCAAUCUACUCGAUCAAAAAUUUGCAAUUGAUUCGCCUGAUUGGUAUGCCGUAGAAAAUCAAAAUUUAGUUUCAUCUUGUUACAUAUACUUGAUAGAACAAAUGCACAUAGCGUUGAAUUCGAAGCUUGACGUGCGUUACGCCGAAGAACUUGAGGAGCGUGAAAAUAUUAAAGAUCUUUGGAUUAGAGCCGAAGAGGCUUGUGAAUUUGAAGAUUACGAGAAAGCCGAUAAACUAUUCGUUAAGAUUAUUUGUGACAAUCAGAAGAAUCCAGAUUCUUGGAUUAUUUAUGCUACUUACCUUAUAAGAAGACAUAACAUUGAUGAGGCAAUUGAAUGUUGCCGAGAGGCUAUCAAAUUAAAUACCCGUCAUAAAAUCGCAUUAUUGUUUUACGGAAUAAUCCUGGCAACGAGAGAGGAAUACUAUGAUGCUGAAAUAUUUCUAAUGGCCGUCACACAACUAUAUCCACUAUUUGCUGAAGGCUGGGCUAUUUUGCAUCUAUUUUACGUAAAAAUUCAGUAUUAUCCAGGUAUUGAUGUAACACUCUGCAUUACCGAAGAGUGUAUGAGGGAUCGAAAUCGUGAUGGUGAAACAAUGAAAAUCCUGAAUGAAGAACCCAUGGUCUGGACGACAGCUCUUUGCAAAAGUGAUCGUGUUUUUCUCUUAACUACUUGCCUACUUCUCAAACUCAGUCUCUACAAUUUUGCAGAGCUAUCCUUGACUCAAGACAUUUGUCGUAAUGAUAAAUCGAUAGCAUUCCUAUAUUUCUCCAGCGCGAAUCGAUAUCUACAACAAUCAUACAGCUCAGUAAUCGAGUGCUUAGAGGAAGCCGAAUCAGUAAUUGGAUUGGAGUUCAGCGUCGCAGCUCUAUUAGGCCACGCACACUAUAAAAUCGGCAACAUCGACCAAGCGACGUCUCACUACAAAUCGAUCGACAUGAUGUACGAGAGGCCAGAAAAUAUUCACUUAGUACACCUUAGAUUGGGUUAUCGUAUGAUCGAGUUGGAAGAAUACGAGCACGCGAGAAAUGUCUUUUUGCGAGCUUGCAAGCACGAGCGUACUUGUAAAACUUGGCUGGGUGUCGGCAUCUGCUAUUAUUUUCUGGAAAAAUUCGAUGAAUGCGAACUUUCACUAAUGGAAGCCAACCGAAUUGAUUGUGAGGAUGCCGAAGUUUGGGGAUAUCUUUGCCUGUUGAGUAUAGCUUUGCAAAGGCACGAGGAGUUUACUCAGUGCUAUAGACAAAUGCUUAAGGUGAGCAUACGCUAUUAUUUUUUUCUUUUUUUUCGAAAAGAAUGGGAACGAGACCGUCACGUACAUCACGGUAAUAUUAAUGAUUCACUAUGUCGCAAUAGAACGGCCUCAGAAAUGACAAACUGUGGCAGCUUAUAAGGCAAUCUAUGGACAUAUUUGGAUAUGCAUCUCCAGUCAGUGUA